GGAGCGACAGCAUUAAUGGUGGCUACCAGGUAUGGACACCUGGAGAUCUGUAGACAUCUCAUUGAUACAGGAUGUAAGAUCGACAUCACAAAUAGAGAUGGAUACACAGCUUUACAUUGGGCUGUUCGGGAGGGAUAUCUACAGACCACAAGAUGUCUGGUAGAACAAGGAGGUGCCAGUCCCUUGAUUACAACACAUGAGGGUGAGACUCCAUAUGAUAUAGCAGCCAGAUGGAAAGAGAGGCAGUAUAAAGAAGUGAUGGAAUACUUACAGACUGUCAUGUCAGAGAAAUCUCCAGGUGUGACUGCUGGUCAAGGGAUAGAAGGGGAAAUGGUUCCAACUGAAAUAAGAAUAAUGGCUGACAAAAGAUCUAUUGAUUUGUACCUCAAAUUACUUGAGUCAGGCUCUGAGAAAAAGAGAGACAUACGUUUAGUUGUUGUUGGAAAAAAAGGUGCAGGAAAGACAUCAUUGAUUAAAAGAUUGUUCUCUGAAGAAAAUACAGAUGUAACUAGUACAAAUGGAAUAGAAAUUCACACAAUAAAAUGCAAAGCAAUGUCUGAUGAUGGCAUAUGGAAUAAAGUAGAUGGAGUCAAUGAAGAAACUGAAAUUCAUGCAAGACUUUUGAAACAAUACAAAGGAACAAUUGAAGCAUCAAAAGAAAAAGGAACACAUAAAGCUGUUAAGGAAAACAAACCAUCAAUAAGUUUUGAUGAAUCAGAGAAAUCAGAGACAGUAACCCAGCAGCCUAAAAAAAGAAAACUUCAAGUAACCACUGAAUCUCAAGUUGAACUUCUAUCAACAUCACAACAACGAAACCAAUCAUUAGAACAGGCAAAACAGGAUAUAGAAAGCAUGCUUAAAUCUAAUGUUGAUUUCAAUGACAAAGAGGAGUAUGCCACAUUAUUGUUGUGGGAUUUUGCGGGAGAUGAAGAAUUUUACCAUACCCAUCAAACUUUUUUGUCCUCAGAUGCAAUUUAUCUUGUUGUAACAAAACUCAAUGAAGCUGACGACAAAAAUGCACAAGAUUUAUUCCAGUUAUGGAUGGACUCGAUCCAUUGCUACAGUAGACUGGAAGAGGACAAAAGUAAUUCUGCUGAUAGCAAGACAACAUCAGAUGAUCUUGAUCCACCAGUAGUUAUUGUUGGUACUUGGAAAGAUGCUGUGACCUCUGAGUCAGAAGAGAUUGACGAUGCAUAUCGAGAAAAGAUUUUUACCUUUACGGAGAAUAUGUCAGAAGAUGAACUAAGACAUAUAAGAAAAGAAUACUUCAUUUCCAACACAGAAGAUGAUCCCAGUGUUUUCCAACAAAUCAGAGAAGACGUUCUAUAUUUAGCCAGAAAAAUGAAAACAUGGAACCAAGUUUAUCCCUUAAAAUUUAUUCAGCUUGAAAAACGACUUCAAGAAAAAAAGAAGGAGUUACCAAUUAUUUCCUUUAAUGAAAUUCAGCACAUCUCUACUGAUACACAUAAUCCACUAAAUGAUGAGGAACUCAGAUUGUUCCUGGAAUUUCACCAUGAGAUCAGAGCUUUAGUUUAUUUCAAAGAUCUUCCUUCUUAUAUUAUUUUAGACACACAGUGGUUGUCCAAUGCUUUUAGAUGUAUAGUCACAGCAAAGAAAUUUAGAGCUAUUAGUAUUAAAAAUAGAACAAAAUGGGAUGAAUUGUACAGUAGAGGCAAAUUACACAACGAGGUUUUAGACGACAUAUUUAGUAAAAGUGAAAACACUUUUUCCAACCACAAGGAACACAUCCUGAACGUAAUGGAGAAAUUUGAUAUCAUUAUACGUCCAAACAUAUCAGGAACUGAAAGAGACGCUGUUGAUGACAAACAUCUUUAUUAUAUACCUUGUAUGAUUAAAUCAGAACCUGAGUGUGAUAUUUACGAAAUAUUUAACGUGACAGAAUACACAUGUACUAAGUCUAACUGGUUAUGUUAUAUGUUUAGGUUUCUACCACCUCAUUUAAUGAAUCAUUUAAUUGCAUCCCUAUGCAGGAAAUAUAAAGUAGCAGAAGUUGUCACAAAGGCACAAAAAAAACAAAUUGCUCUUUUCAGAAGCUCAGCUGUCUUUGAGUUAGAUAAAACUACCAAAUUAGCAAAAUUACAUAUAAUGAAAUGUCCAAAUUGGAUUCAAAUUCAGGUUUGGCAAUUUGGGAAAGAACGUGAGAGAGGUUUGUACAAAUACAUUGACGAUUUUGUGACAGAGGAAAUUGUCAAGAUAAUAAACACAAGAUUUAAGAUGUUUAAUGUGAAAUUUUGGAAAAGUUGGGAAUGUGGCCUUACAAAACCAGAGUCUGUGACAGGAUCAAAUGAUUUUAGUGAGGAGCAGAUUCCAGAAUAUUACUGUGAAAAAUGUACAAGCACCCAUAUAUUCAUUAAUGAUUGGCAAGAUCUGACCAGUAGACGAUCAUGCCUGCCAAUUAGUUGUGACAUUAAACCUGGACUCAGCCAGAACAGAGAUAACACCAGUCACGCCCAAACUACAUCUUCUAAGGUGUUUAUCCGUAUCAACGCUAGUAAUAGAGACAUUUCAAAUAUCCGUGAUGAGGAGACAGCAGCAGCCAGUUUGACAGGGUUCACAAAAGAGGAAAUCAAUUUUUCAAAGAUGGGAAUGAUAGCGCUGAAUAUUCUUGCUAAUGUUUUAUAUGAUCUAUUGAAACCGGAUAAACCAUGUCUACGUCCAAGGUGUGAUUGUGAUAUAACAUAUUUGUACAGUGAGCACAGGAAUCUUAAUAAACACAUUCCUAGUAAUUCAUGGGGUGGUCCAUGGCAAAGAAUUCAGACUACAGACAUAGCUAUUGGAGAUGAUAUUGAGCGCAUAAGACUGACAAGAAACGAAUUACAACAUUCUAGAAUAUUUCAUCUUGAUGAUAAACGUUUUAAUGAAUUACGUAAUAUACUAAGCGACCUUUUAAAACGGUUUGAUCAACACAGCAAACCAACAAGGCUGUAUACAGAUCAUCUAAAUGAGAUUUUGGCUAAAACUGUUUCUGUAGAGGAAGUGAAAUCUGUUAAAAAUCAAAUAUUAGGAAUGGCUAUUGAAGUUGAAAUAGAACACCAAAUCAAUGUUUCAACACAAUAGAAUAACAAGCUCAUCGUCACAUUUUGUAUAAACAGUUAUAUAUGUAUUUUACGAGCAAUACGUACACCACUAUAGCAAUAGAUUUACAGAAGACCUAUCAUUUAUGAUAAUAAUCGAUCAUCCUUAUUAAAAGAUGGUAUGCUGCUGAUAAAAAUAGAGUCACACAAAAAGAUGACCAAGAUAAAAAUAAAAAAAGAGUGGACCAAAGAUGAAUGAUUUGACUAGAAUUCAAAAAUGAACCAAUAGUGAACUGUUUCAGUGUUAUUUUUAAACUGUAAAUACAUGCAGUAAAUACUGUGUCAACAUACUAUAAUAUGUAUACAUGUACAGCCAAUACCAUACAUGUAUUAAUUAUGUGCAUAGAAUGAAUACUUGUAGCUAUGAAAGAAAUAUAUAUAUGUGAAUGUAAUAAUGGAAUCUAGAAAAAAUAUUUUCAGUACAGUGAAAAAAUGAGAUAAAACAA